GUCUACGGCAUUUCGAACUGUGGGCCGUGAAUCGGCUGAGUAUCCCAUUGUAUCCCGUAAUAUUGUCGAAAAUGACCUCCACCUUUCAAAGGUGGAGAAAUGUACGAGCGUGCAUGCUGUGCCCAAACCGUUCCAGCGUAACCGACAAGCAACCAGUGGACCCGCUUCAACGCAUAACCUACCACAGACUGACGAUGAACGUCGAACGGCGCGAUCGGUGGCUUGAAUUUUGUGGUUUCACGAAGGACAGCUGUGCCUCACUUAACCGCAAGUUCAUCUGCAGCGAUCACUUCGAGGCCGAAUGCUUCGAGCGGGAUCUACGCUCCGAGCUGCUGGACGGGGUAAAACGUAUGGUUCUUAAAAAGGACGCCAUCCCGACGAUCCGUACUAAAGAGCAACAGCUCGGAUGCCAACAAGACUCGGAGCCGAAAAACGAUGAAGAGGUACGUAACAGACGGAAAGCGGAAGUGGAAAAACUUCUCUCCGGCGAUUCAACCAACAUGACGCCGAUCAUCAAUCCGUUCAGAAAACAUAUUUGUAAAGAACGAUCCAGCGCGAAACGACAAGCGUCUACCCUGAACCAUUCCGCAAACUUCGCAAACGGAUCAAAAUUGCCCCGCGUAUUGACCUCAUCGGGCGCAACUGACCUACUGCAACGUAUCACGCAGCUCGAGCAGGUCACCAACGAGCAGAGUAAACUGAUCGAACAGCUGCAACGUACGAUCGACCAAAAGACUGAAAAAAUAAACUUUGCCAAAGCGGAAAUGGUGAAUAUCGCCAUCGCGCUGCAGGACAUGAAAGAUCACGAAAAUAGGCACGUUAGUGAUCGUGUGGCGCAGCUCCUUUCGGGCCGUUUUAGCGAAGGGCAACUCACUGCCAUCACAACGGAUGCAACAGGAACAUCCCAGCAAACGUUUUGGACCGAUGAUGAUCUCAUCAAAGCCCUCGAGCUGCGACGCAUCAGCGUAGAAGCCUUUCGCUAUGUGGUACAGCGAUUAAAUUAUCCUCUUCCAGACGCAGCGCAAAUCGAGCGGUGGAUUCACAGUGUUUAUCUCGAAACCGGUAGCAACAGGAAAGCAUUCUGUUUGCUGGAGCUGCACGCUGCCUCCCUCUCUCGCCAGGAGUUGAUCUGCACGCUAAAUAUUUCGUGUACUGCCUCGCCCAUACGAUACCAUUACGAUUGCACGAGAGAUCAAAUAAUAGGGCCGGAUGCACAGUUGCAUUGCAUUACCGUGCAAGGCAUUUUCUCCGACUGGAUACAACUUGUGCAUGUGAAUUUCGAUAUCAACUACAGUCAGCAGUUGUUGGCGGAAAUACUUACCAAACUACAUCGAAUAGGCUAUCACGUGGUUGCUAUAACGACAGCCUGUGAUCGCUAUGCGGCGUGUAUGUGGACUGAGCUGGGCGUCUGCUACGAUCAACAUUUCAUCAGACACCCGGUAUCGGCCGAUUACGUCUAUAUGUACGUCUGUCCAGACAGUACGCUGAACGCCAUCCAUCGGAUCCUUGUUACCGAUGGGUUUGUGAUGCAGCAAACGAAUGUAAUGAUCACCAAAGACAAUGUAUUGCUCACAUUGGCCCGUUUAAUGGAAUCGGCACAAGUGCGCACCGCUACAACGCUUAGCCUAGAUCAACGCCAUCUCGACAGUGCGAAUCUUGACGAUCCCUUCGACACUUGCCUUUCCCGUCAGCUGAUAUCGCACGAAACAUCUAGUGCACUAAAAAUGCUCGCCCAGAACUGUGGCGAUGAUGACACGCUUGCCACGCUGGGAACACUCUUCGAAAUUUUUACCGAUUGGUACGAGCUCUGCACCAGCACGGCAUAUGAUUCGUGGAAGGAUCAAAAGCAACACCAACCGUCUUCCAUUACCUGCCUUCCGUACGGAUCGUACGAAGAUGAACAGAACAUCAUCCUCGACGCAAUGUACGAUGUAAUGGAAAACUUUCGCUGCACCACCGCAGACAACAAUUUCCUCCGUGAGGGUGUGCUGAUGUCGAUCAACUCGAUGCGCAAAUUGUUGCCCGACUUGAGACGCGAUUAUCCCGGCCGUAUUAGUUCUAUACCCAUGGAACGGCUUGGAUCCUCGCCGGUUCGUUGUACAAUGGUGAACCUUCGUUGCUCAUUAAGAAACGCCUCCGCUGGGACGAGGCUACUUACCGGAAACGAAGUGCUCGUCCAUCUGUGCAACUCCAUCUUGAACGAUGCCCAAUACUCACACAUUUCCAACCGUAUACUCCAGUUGAGCAGGCUGCCUAUGACACCUUUGCGGGAGAGCGUGAAUCCUAAGGAUGAACAGAACGAGCUGGAUGUUCGCGGCAUAACAGGGCAGAACGUUUGUUCUUAUCUUACCAAAUUUAUCGCUGCCAGCCUUCUUCAUAAGUACGACUAUCUUGGUGAGCGAAUCGUAGAGCUCGAUCGUUCGAACGAUCAAUACGUGGUCCGACACGACAGCAAGAAGAUGAUUGAUGGCGUAGUGCCUUCCGCCCUAUGGACGGAACAAGCGAAAGUACUCGAAUUCUAUCUGAGCAACGACGUAGUACAACAACAGACGCCCUCGCUAGUAGAAAAUUUAGUGAACCGCAUUCACGAUCAACAUCCCCGAAUGGGACGCGACCUGGUGGAAAUGUACGUUAGGAAAAGGAUUGCGAUUCAACUGCAGUUACUCAAUGUAGAACUGGACGUAUCGAGUAUAGAAUAAACACAAUUUGAACAAAGCCAACAGUA